AUGACGCACCUGCCGGACCGGGCGUUCCUCAAACGAACCUCUCUCGUCUCGGUCGCCUUCCCGCGCAGCCUUGCCUCCAUCGGCAGCUGCGCCUUCGAGGGCUGCUCCUCCCUCACCUCCGUCACCUUCCCCGCCGGCCUCACCUCCAUCGGCAGCAGCGCCUUCGAGGGCUGCUCCUCGCUCGUCUCCAUCACCCUCCCCGCCGGCCUCAUCUCUAUCGACGACUACGCCUUCGCCAGCUGCUCUGCCCUCGCCUCCGUCACCCUCCCCGCCGGCCUCACCUCCAUCGGAAACUACGCCUUCAGCCGCUGCUCCGCCCUCGCCUCCAUCACCCUCCCCGCCGGCCUCAUCUCUAUCGACAACCACGCCUUCUCCGGCUGCUCCGCCCUCGCCUCCGUCACCCUCGCCGCCGGCCUCACCUCCAUCGGAAACUACGCCUUCAGCCGCUGCUCCGCCCUCGCCUCCAUCACCCUCCCCGCCGGCCUCACCUCCAUCGGAAACUACGCCUUCAGCCGCUGCUCCGCCCUCGGCUCCAUCACCCUCCCCGCCGGCCUCACCUCCAUCGGCUUCCACGCCUUCGCCAACUGCUCCUCCAUCGCCCGCGACCGCACCUCUCUCGUCUCGGUCGCCUGCCCGCGCAGCCUCGUCUCGAUCGGCUACUGCGCCUUCAACCGCUGCUCCGCCCUCACCUCCAUCGACCUCCCUGCCGGUCUCACCUCUAUCGGCAAAGGCGCCUUCAACGACUGCUCCUCGAUCACCACCAUCACCCUCCCCGCCGGCCUCAUCUCCAUCGACGAGUACGCCUUCUGCGGCUGCUCUUCCCUCGCCCGCAUCACCCUACCCGCCGGCCUCACCUCCAUCGGCGACGGCGCAUUCAUCAGCUGCUCCUCCCUCCCCACCGUCACCCUCCCCGCCGGCCUCAUCUGCAUCGGCGAGGGCGCCUUCCGCGACUGCUCCGCCCUCUCCUCCAUCCUCCUCCCCGCCGGCCUCACCUCCAUUGCCACCAACGCCUUCCACAGCUGCUCCGCCCUCUCCUCCAUCACCCUCCCCGCCGGCCUCAUCUCCAUCGGCCACCACGCCUUCUACGGCUGCGCCUCCCUCACCACCGUCACCCUCCCCGCCGGCCUCACCUCCAUCGGCCUCCACGCCUUCCGCGGCUGCGCCUCCCUCGCCCGCGUCACCGUACCAGACACCGACACCAUCUGCCUCACCGCAUUCGAACCCACAACCACGGUCCUCUGCCUCCCGCCCGCAAGCAUGCGCGACCUUCAGCGCUGA